UAUUCUCCUUCAACAAAGCACUGUUGCUCCUUUACUUCACCACGGAGGAAUCGGGUCCGGAAGGAAGGGGAGGCCGGGAGAGCUCCAGCGCGAAGGCGGCGCGCACGAGAUGUGGCGGAGGCGACUCGCCGCUCUCCUUCUCCGAUCCCCGUCGUCAUCCUCCUCCUCCACAGCCGCUUCUUCCUGCCAGCGGCGGCGCCACCACCUCCUCCCCAGCGAGGAACCUCUUGCUCUGAAUCAUCUUGCCAGGCUCUUCACGUCUCAAGCUGGAAGUGAUGGUGGCCAUUUCCAGAAGCCGUUCAUCGCUUUCGUCUUAGGGGGGCCUGGGAGUGGAAAAGGAACACAAUGUACUAAGAUUGCUUCAAACUUCGGAUUUGCCCAUUUGAGCGCUGGUGAUCUUCUACGCCAUGAAAUAUCAUCUGGUAGUGAGAAAGGGGAGUUGAUUCUAGAGAUGAUAAAGGAAGGGAGGAUUGUCCCAUCAGAGAUAACUGUCGAACUGAUCAGAAAAGCAAUGGAAAUGAGCGAUGCUGAAAAAGUUCUUAUUGACGGUUUCCCAAGGUGUGAGGAAAACAGAAUCGCCUUUGAAAAAAUUAUUGGUACAGAACCGGACCUUGUGAUUUUCUUUGACUGUCCUGAGGAUGAGAUGGUUAAACGCCUCCUAGGCCGUAACCAGGGACGGGUUGAUGAUAACAUUGAGACAAUUAAGAAGCGUCUAAAAGUGUUUGAGAGCUUGAAUAUUCCUGUUGUUGACUACUACUCUUCAAGGGGAAAAGUUCACAAGAUAAAUGCAACAGGAACUGCAGAGGAAAUCUUUGAAGGAGUCUGCAAGCUAUUUGCCUCCUUACGGUUAUCGUCUUCCACGGAACCUGGGGGUGAUGCUUAGCAACGCUAAUGUAUAUUCCUUGAAGACAGUGCCCACUUUGGUUAGGGCCCAAAGGUUCUCUCUCUCUCUUUUGUUCCUUCAUGCAUUUACAUCGUUAGCACGGUAAUUGUACAUAUAUGCUCCCCUGUGACCACCAAAUAAUGGCCGCUGAAACACAGAGGAUAUGUCUGAAAUGCCGAACCCUAAUGACACGGGAAAUCUUGCCCACGCUUUACGCUUGGUUUGCUCU